CAGCCCAUCCUGCAUCCCUGACAUCAACCGGUAUCCUGGACAACCCAUCCCGCAUCCCUGACAUCAACCAUCCCAGGCAACCCAUCCAGCUCAGAAGUGAAGGAUUUUCUAAGCCACAGCUGGACAGCAAUACAACCACCUGCUCAGUUCUCCUGCAGACAAUUGGCUCAACACGUCCUGUUUAUAAUAUUGCCUUGUGCUCUCCUCAGCUCCCAGAAAUACUGUAAAGGAUGAGGCAGCUUCUCUCUGAAGCCAUGUUUGAAAUUUAGCAGGCCUUGGAGGUGGUGGUGGGAAGGAGCAAAAGGGACAGAGGACUUACGACUUGUCAUCCUUUGAGAGCUGGGCUUUUUGCUGUGGCUUAACCAGAAGGAAAAGUUUUCAAAUACUGUGUGGCCGUUGUACAAAAUAGCAUAUAUUUAUCCUAUAUUUCCAAUUUCAUUUUCAUGUCAACUUCUGACACUGAUAAACUAACAAUCUCUCAUCCAUAAACUAAUAAUCAGACACUCAUUUCCCAUAACAUGAAUACAGACAAGAGUAUUUUCUGUGGCAGGCCUUUAUGCUGACUUUGACACAGAAGACAGAUUUGAAGUCAACGCAGCAUUUUACAGAUCAAAGCCUGAAGCCUCAAAUUGCAGCCCCUGAGCUCGCUAUGAACAAUCCCACUCUUACUACAGUUGCUUUAGAAAAACCCUUCUGUGUGUUUGACAGCUCACUGCACCCAAAUAAAUCUUACCUCAUCUACCUGUAUGCAAUGCAGGAGUCAGCCAGUGCCAUGGGCUCCCUGGUGACUGAUGGCAGCAGCAAACCACUGGACAGCACCUUCCAGCAAACAAAUGGGGGGCAGCUCGGGCCCUACAAGGCUGCUGCAUUCCAUGUACCCAGCUGUGCAUCCCCUCCCAGACUUGUGGAUGCAGGAGAUGUCAGCAAAGUUUCUGAUGUCCUGAAACAAUACCUGUUCAGAGUUGGAGAUGACGGGACUUGUCUGUAUGACCCAAACUUCCUCGAUGUCUGUAAUCCCCCUCUCGCACCAGACACGACUUACAGGUUUAAGUAUGUGCUAAUAGAUAGCACUGAAGGUAUUGUGAAAGACCAAACUCUCUGGUCUGAUCCAAUCAAAACCAGAAGAGUUAAACUUCCCUUGCAAGUUGACACGUGGCCUGGCCGAAGGAGUGGAGCCAUGAUUGUCAUCACCUCCAUCCUGAGUGUGCUCCUGUUCCUUCUGCUUGCUGGGAUUCUGUCUGCUGUGUCCUUGGCUGUCAUGAGACCAGAAGGUCCUUCUGCAGAGACAAGGUGCUCCCCUCAGACUACUCGGCCAAGUGACCCGAGACCACAGCUGGGCUCUGAGUGACCAGCCUGACUGCAGUCAGGGUGGGGCUGCAACUGAACUGCUCCAUGUGCUGAGACCCACAGGACCAUCUCUUCUAUUCAACACGAGUCCAGAAAGGCUUCAGAACACAACCAGGCAACGGGAGAUGAGCAGCGCUGAUGAAACAAGAACAGCUGUUUUGAAGUCUUGCAGUGUGUGUGUAUAUAUAUAUAUAUACAUAUCCCCUUGUCCUAAUGAGAUUUGAUAUAGUUAAUUACUUUGCAUAGCAUAUAGCAUGUGAAUAGUGAAUAUCAAAUGCCUGGAAUGAAGAAAAAAAAAAUCUUUGAGAUCUUUCAGCUCUGGAGGUUAUCAGAGGUUGUCUAAUGGAGACCUCUCAUCUGGAGUGAGCAUUACUGCAGCUCACCUGCUUCUUGCAGUCAAACAGGAUGGAGCUGUUUGUGCCUCAGUGUUCCUCCAGAGGAACUGAUGAGGAACAUGUACUGCUUUCUUUUCCAUUGAUGCUAUCUUCAAAGCCUUUCUUUACACCUCUUGAGCAUGUGGGAGCAACUGUCCUAUAGCAGCAAGAAUCUGGGAUAAGUACAAAGCUGCCACUGGUUAUUAUUG